AUGGAUCUUUCUGAUAUGAGUGAUUUAAGUGAUGAUGAGAUUGAUUGGGUUGGGCAAAUAAGUGUUGACGAAGAUUAUGGUGAACAAGAAAAUACAUUUCCGGUAUUUGAGACAAAUUAUUCAAAUCAAGAGGAAGCUGAGGUAGAGGAGGCUGGACCUUCUGUUAAGAAAACUAAAUGGAAUGUAAAGUUUAAUAAUGAAUGGAGCAAAACUUAUUCUUGGAUUGUUAGGGGAAAAGAUAUUUCACAAGCAAAAUGUACGGUUUGUGAAUCACAAUUUACAAUAAAUCACGGCGGAGAAAACGAUAUAAUUAAACAUAUGAAAACGGAAAAACAUAAGAAAAAUAUGACUAAAGGUUCACAGGAAAAAAAAAUUGAUAAUUUUUUUUCAAAAAACAAUUUAGACACAGAUUUGACCGCCCAAGCAGAAUGUGCUUUCGUUUUUCAUUCUAUCAAACAUGCUCAUAGUUAUUUAUCAGCCGAUUGUGCGGGAAAAUUAUUUAGCAGGAUUUUUCAGGACUCGAAAAUUGCCAAAAGUUAUUCAUGCGGUAGAACCAAAGCCACAAAACUUGUAACAAACAUUCUGGGUCCAGAAUCCAAACAUAUUAUUUUGAAUGACUUGGCCAAUAAUCAACCAUUUUGUAUAGCAACUGAUGCGUCAAAUAAAGGGAAUGUUAAAACAUUUCCCCUUGUCGUUAGAUAUUUUAAAAAGGAGAUUGGUGUAUGUACAAAAUUGUUAAAAUUUUAUUCGGCCAUCUCAGAAAAGUCGGAAGCCAUUGCCAACUCUUUGGUCGAAAGUUUAACAGAAGCUGGCUUGAAUAUUUUAAACGUUACGGCUUAUUGCGCAGAUAACGCUUCUGUAAACUUCGGCAAAAAACAAAGUGUUAUUACUGAACUCAAUAAAUUAAAUCAGAAUAUUGUUCCCGUUGGAUGCGUUUGCCAUAUCAUUCAUAAUGCCGGGAAGCACGGGCAAGGAGCACUUAAGUAUGAUGUUGAAUCUAUAGUGAUUAAGUGUUACAAUGAAUUUAGUAGUAGCACAAAAAAAGUAAACGAAUUGAAAGAUUUUUUAUUUUUUGUGAAGAAGAAUGGUCCGAUUUAUUAA